UUUUAAAGUGCUAGAAAGAGCCUAUUUUCCCUCGAAAAAGUACCAAAAGCGAGAAAGAGAGGGAGAUAGAGAGAAAACGUUCAAGAAAAUCCGAAGAUCAUAUACACACUAGAUAGAAAAAACAUGGCCUUCUGGUCUGCUGAGAAUGCCACCAAAGCCUACCUCAAAACCUUCAAUAUGAGCCAAAAAGCCAACGAGCCAAACGUAGUAGAGUUCAUAUCAGCACUAGCAGCCGGCAGCAAUGCACAGCUAAUGGUUGUGGCCUGCUCAGGCGCCACCGACUCCACCACGCUAGCACUCGUCGCCGCGGCCCACCAAAGCGGUGGCCGGGUUGUCUGCAUCCUCCGUGGGGAUGAAGAACUACAACUUUCUGAAAACUUUCUAGGCCCAAAUGUUUGUCACAUAGAGUUUGUCAUCGGAGAAGCUCAGAGCCUGCUUCAGAACCACUAUAGGGAAGCAGAUUUCGUGGUGAUUGAUUGUAACCUAGAAAACCAUGAGGGGAUUCUUGGAGCUGUGGAAAUGGGUAAGAAGAAUAGCAAAGGUCCUGUUGUCGUUGUGGGGUAUAAUGCUUUUAGAAGAAGGCCAUGGAGGUCAAUGGGAUAUUCCAAGACACAGUUGCUGCCAAUUGGAGAUGGAUUGCUUGUGACUAGAAUUAAUGCUAAUAAGAAAAAUAACAGUCAUAAUGAUGGGAAUAAUGAUAAUCGUUGUGGGCUUGGUAAAAGGAGUACUCAUUGGGUUGUGAAAGUUGAUAAGUGCACUGGUGAAGAACAUGUUUUCAGGGUUAGAUCUCCACAUGGAAAAGGAAUUGAAGCUUAAUUAGAUUGAUUAUUAUAUAUAUAUAUAUAUAUAUAUUAAUUUCUGAUGAUCCUAUUUAUAUAGUAGAAAAAAUGUAAUAUUAGUUAGGGUACUGCUAGUUAUGAUUGAAAUAUAUAGAGAAUGGAAAUCUCAAAUAUCAAUUGUAUAUACCAAGUAAUAUAUGUGCAAUA